UUGCUUGCAGCCGUAGAAAUAGCGUCCAGCCCAAAAUCAGGCUAGCCGAAAUCCGGCCCGAAUUUCGUGCCAAUUUCAGCCUGGUCCGUUAGAGCACCAGGGCGACGACCGUAGUGAAGUGCCUACUUAUGAUCGGAUUCAUCUUGAAAAUUUCCUGUUUCACUGAUGAUGUUGGCAGUAACAGGCAUUUUGGAAUGAGUUUACGUUCAUGGAUUACGGUUGUGUUCGCAUUUGGAGUAGGCCUAUUCUCAGAAGUGCUGUAUUACCUGUACAAGAGAAAAGUUCACCAGCAAAUGUUGGGCCAUUUUACCUUGUUGUCAGCUGCUGCCACACGGCAAUCAUCGAACACGUCAAAUGUCUUUCACCAUGUCCUGUUUUUCCCCGACACAGAGCGCACCUGCCCCGAUCAUUUCUUGACCACAAAAGGUUGUUGGAGGCCCAAAUGUCCGUUCUCGCACGAGGUAACGAACUUCAGCCGUAUGGUCGAAUAUAUACUGAACGCCAAGCACUCCCUUGAUAUUUGCAUGUACACAAUCACAAACAGCGACUUAGCGGAAUUAGUCAUUGGACUGCACGAGAGAGGCAUCGUAGUGAGAAUUAUCACAGAUGAUGAGGCCCAAAACACGUCUGGGACUUUCAUUGGAAGGUUUCGAAGAGAUGGGAUCCAAGUGCGAAGGGAUUACUCCAGCUACCUCAUGCAUCACAAAUUUGUGGUUAUCGAUGGGAUGACACUCAUCAAUGGCUCUUUCAACUGGACUUGCCAUGCUGUCAACAGCAACAAUGAGAAUGUGCUGAUUACGAACAACCCUGACAUUGUCCAGCCAUUUAUUGCAGAGUAUGAAAGACUGUGGGACAUCUUUGACCCUGCAAAACGACCCCUUUAAUCAUUUUGAGAAGUCAGGGAUAUCCAGGAGUACAAACAAACUAAGUCUGGUUCAUCAGGAAAACAGAAAACGCACCAUUAGUCUUAGGCUCCAGACCUUAAAAUAGGUCUCCAAAAUGACUGUCUGAGUGAAAUCUGAAAUCAAGUUGCUAUUAUUAUUUCUUUUUUUUUUAAUUACAAAGACGUUGCAUUUCAGUGUUUUUCGGGUGUAUACUGGCUAGGAUUUAAGUCUAUUUUUGGCCUUCAUUUAAUUAAUUACCAAGAGACAAGACAGUGCCCCCCACAACAUCAUGGAAAAGUUACUUUAGAUGUAACUGGACCAAUCCAAAAAUGUUUAAGUCAUUGAUAUUAUUAGUUAUCACACAAGCACGAAUGGAACACAGAGUAAUGUAGUGCAUCUGUGUCUCAUAUACCACGAGGCCAAACCAAUUCAUCUUCAAACUUGACACAAUUAUAGCUGUUACAGGGGCCUACAUGUGCACAUAUGUGCCACCUUUGAAUUUACAGUAAAUUUGUAGUUGUGCGAUUGGCUUUCAGUGUAAAAUAGCGCAGUGCAUUUAGUUAGAAAAAUGCAUUACGCAGGGUUUGACUUGGACAGUGCAACAAAGCUACAUGUAUAUAUUGCACUGUUUGUUGCCAUGGAUCGCUCAAUCGGAAUUGAGAUUUGAAGUUUGUUUGAAGAUAAGAAUUUUUAACAUACUUGGAGAAUUCUUCUUCCGCUUUAGUUAAUGUGUAAGGGAUAUCUAAACAGUUAAUGUGACACUAGUUCAUAAAGUGAUCCUUGCCUUUUACAAGUCGAUGUGCAGGGCAUUUGGUACACACUAAUUUAUACACACCUUGGCUUUAAGUUUUGCAGACAGCACAUACUGUUGCUUCAUAUAUAUUGCAUUAUAUUCGGAGCAAGGUUCCACAUUGAGCAAUUGGCACUAAUGCAUUGUUAUAAAACUGUCAGAAGUACAUGUAGUACUAGUGGAACCAAGAUACUGAACCAUUUAAGGCAGUCUGGAGAAUUUAAGUCAAAUUAAACAAAUAUACAUGUAAUUAAAAAGAUUAGGAUACCAGACACAUUACCUCAACAAUGGUUGCUGAUAAAACAGCAUAAAUCUAGGUGAUGAUUUGCACAGCCUUUAUGUGUAUCAAAUUACUUCUUUGUCAUAAAAAUACUUGUAUAAUUUACUGUCAAGAAGCCUCUAAUCAACAGUGCAGUGGUACAAUUACACUGCAGUGAAAGAAAAAUACUGGACCUUUAUUGAAACAUUGAAUAAUCAAAAAUAUGCACAACUCUUCACCAUAGAAAAUAGUAAAAUGUUACAAAGAUGCAAGAAAACAAUUUAUCAGGAAUUAAAAAUGUAAUAAAAUUACACAACUACUGUUCAAUUAACGAAAUUUUUCUGAUGAGAAAAGGCUGCAUUCACAAAAAUGCCAUUUUGGAUUAUGCUUCUCAAAUCCAAAUCAUUUAUUGAACACUGAAAUGGGAAGGAGCCUGACUGUUUUGCUACAAUUUUAGAUAAAGCCAUACUUCGCCUAUUUUUGUUAGGAAAAUAAAGAUGCCUUUUUAAAUUGCCCAUCGGUAGUAUGGAUGUCAGCCGAGAGAAAAUCUUCACUGUGCAUAGAAUGUGCAUGUAUGUACACCAAAUGUAUGGCAUAAAAGAUGCAUGUGUUAUGAUUUUCAUGAGAGGCCACCGAGUGAAACUUCAGUUUUUCCAAAGGCUCUCAUAGCUAAAACCUACAUGUACUAUUUCAGCCUUCCAAAAAUGGCAUGUUAAAAAGCCAGUGCAAAUGAAUGUACAAAGCCUGCAGCUUUGCAUUAAAUUUAUAAAAGAUAUGUGGCUGAAAACGACAGUGGAUACGGCUACACUUCAAGAGAAGAGUAGAAAUGUCAGGGGAAAAUGGAUGUCAAAUGUUUGCAAGGCUUGUUUGCAAAGAACUUCAGGGACUAGGAAAGACUGAAACAGCACAGCAGAAUGUUAAAUGACAUAAAUGGCCAGUGAUUCAUAAGAGUCAUUUGAACAGUACUGGUAUAAUGUUUCUUCCUGCAACCUCAUUUUUUCAACACUGGGGCACACCCAUGGAGCUAUAUUGCUGCCACAAGGGGGCCCUCCACAAUGGCCAAGUUUAAGAGACUUUGUAGAACAAAUGGGUGGGAUUAGCAUGUUUAGACAUCAGGCGGAGGUGAGUCGAGACGCAUUUGAUGUUUUAAUUCUCAGCUAUGUCAGUGUAAGAAAGCCAGGUUAUGUUUACACAUCCUCCAGCGCAAAGUGGUCAGUCACAGUGGUCCAUGAUGAUACAUGUUUCAAAGAAUUUAAUGCUGUACUCAUUAAACUUGGACAAAAACAUUUUAAUCACUCGUGCAAAGAUACAAGUAAAAAAAAAAAUUAAAUUUUAACAGAUCUGAUUAAAUUUCUGAAAAUCUCGUUUUUUUAUUUCAAAAAUCUGAUUUUUAACAACCAAGAUUUUCUUUAAGAAACCAAUUCAAGUUUCAACAAGAGUAACAAGUCUUAUGAAGUCCUCUGAUUACCAAGUUUAUUAAAAUUGCCACUUCUCCACUUUGGUUUACUCCAAAAGUUGAAAAUUUUUUGUUAUGUUGGUGU